AUGUUCUCAGCUUCUAGAUCAGAUACCCUUUUCUUGGGAGGAGAACGUAUCAGUGGAGAUGACAUUCGUAAUCAAAACGUAUUGGCAGCACAAUCAGUAGCUAAUGUGGUCAAGUCUUCAUUAGGACCAGUUGGCUUGGACAAAAUGCUUGUUGAUGAUAUUGGUGAUGUCACGGUUACCAACGAUGGGGCCACUAUUUUAUCACUUUUGGAUGUUCAGCAUCCAGCUGGGAAGAUCUUGGUUGAAUUGGCUCAACAACAAGACAGAGAAGUUGGUGAUGGUACCACUUCUGUAGUAAUCAUUGCGGCCGAGUUGUUGAAGAGAGCCAAUGAGCUUGUGAAAAAUAAGAUCCACCCAACCACCAUUAUUACUGGUUACAGAUUGGCCUCCAGGGAAGCCAUCAGAUAUAUUAAUGAAGUGUUAUCACAGCCCGUCGAUAGCCAACUUUUAGGCAAAGAAUGUAUGAUAAAUAUUGCAAAGACGUCCAUGUCCUCUAAGAUAAUAGGAUCUGAUCUGAGAUUCUUCUCAGAGAUGGUAGUCAACGCUAUGUUAGCAGUGAAGACCACCAAUGGUAAGGGUGAAACCAAAUACCCGGUCAAAGCCGUAAACAUCUUGAAGGCCCAUGGUAAGUCGUCCUUGGAAUCAAUGCUUGUAGAUGGGUAUGCAUUGAACUGUACCGUCGCCUCCCAGGCAAUGGUCAAAUCUAUUAAGAAUGCCAAGAUCGCAUGUCUUGAUAUCAAUUUACAAAAGGCUAGAAUGGCCAUGGGUGUACAAAUCAACAUAGAAGAUCCAGAUCAAUUAGAAGAGAUCCGUAAACGUGAAUACGGGAUAGUCAUUGAAAGAAUUCGUAAGAUCUUGGCUUCGGGAGCGAACGUUAUAUUAACAACAAAGGGUAUUGACGAUUUGUGUUUAAAGGAGUUUGUUGAAGCAGGGACAAUGGCAGUUAGAAGAUGUAAGAAGGAAGACUUGAGAAGAAUUGCCAGAGCCACCGGAGCAACGUUGAUCAGUAGUAUGUCCAACUUGGAAGGUGAAGAAACAUUCGAAUCCUCUUACUUGGGUAGUGCCGAAGAAGUUGUUCAAACGAGAAUCAGUGAUGAUGAAUGUAUAUUAGUCAAAGGUACCAAGCAACAUUCCUCAGCAUCCAUUAUAUUGAGAGGUCCUAACGACUAUUCCUUGGAUGAAAUGGAAAGAUCCUUGCAUGAUUCAUUGUCCGUCGUAAAGAGAACUUUAGAAAGUGGUAACGUUGUCCCUGGUGGAGGAGCAGUCGAGACAGCAUUAAAUAUCUACUUGGAAAAUUUUGCCACUACAGUGGGCUCAAGAGAACAAUUGGCAAUUGCAGAAUUUGCUAACGCACUUUUAGUUAUUCCAAAGACUUUAGCUGUGAAUGCAGCAAAGGAUUCAUCAGACUUGGUAUCCAAGUUAAGAACUUAUCAUGCAGCACUGCAACUGGCAUUACCUACGGAUUUGAAGAGAAGGAAAUACAAGUACUACGGGUUAGAUUUGAUUAAGGGUAAGAUUGUUGACUCAAUUGACAACGGAGUCUUGGAACCAACCAUUUCCAAGAUCAAAUCGUUAAAGUCUGCCUUGGAAGCAUGUAUUGCCAUUUUAAGAAUUGAUACCAUGAUUUCGGUUGAUCCUGAGCCACCAAAGGAAGAUCCACACCAACAUUAA